AUGGGAUUGGCAGAUUCGGAGGAGGAAGAGGAGGAACUUUUCGGCAGCGGCAGCGGCGGCGGGGACAACGAAGACGACAGUGGCAGCCAUUCGUCGCAGAUUGACGGUGCCGACAUGGAUGACCCAUCCAAAGUGCACAUCUUUGUCAAGAAUCCUGCCGGCAGGAAAAUCUGUCUCAGGGGGGUACACUUGUCGGACACCCUUUACACCAUCAAGGCAAAGAUCCAGGAGCAGUACAGCCUCGUCUUCGACAGGGUGCAGCUGGAAGACAGCCGUACAUUGGCGGAUUACGGCAUCAAGCAUGAUUUCACGCUUGACCUCCAAGAAAAGAUGCAAAUCUUCGUGACGGAGACGCUAGGAGGUAGGACCAUCACUCUCGAGGUCGACAGCCUAGACACCAUUGACAAGGUGAAGGCCAAGAUCGAAGACAUUGAGGGCUUUCCAAAGCUCCAGCAGUGCCUCAUCUUUGACAACAAGCAGCUGGAGGACGGCACACGCACCUUGGCUGAACACAACAUUGGUAAAGGGUCCACUCUUCUCCUCAUCCUCCUCCCGUGUAGUCCAACUUCUGUGAUGCAAGUAUUCGUGAAGACGCCGCCGGAAGGCAAGGUCCUCACCCUUAAGGUCGGGCAAUCGGACACCAUCAACAGUGUCAAGGUGAAGAUCUAUGAGAAGAACGGCGCCCCCCCUAGACAGCAGCGCAUCAUCUUUGCUGGCAAUCAGCUGGAGGACCACCGCACCCUGGCGGACUACAAGAUUUACAGCGAAUGUACCCUUCAUUUGGCGUUCCGCCUUUGUGGUUGCUGA